UCGAUACUUUGCACUUGGGACAGCUAUCCUAAUAACAUCUUGUGAGUUGCGCACCGAAUUUUGCUGUAAUACCCGUAUAUCAACACUCGGCGCUCAUUGCUGAGAUGUAAUCCAGUGACGUUCGAUCUUAAACCCACAUGGGCUAUAUGUGAGCUCAGACACUUUCAUCCCUUAAGCCCUCUCAUGGAAAUGUUAGGUUCUGCAAAUACUUUCUUUGCUGUCAUUGCUUUGUUACUAGUGGCCAACAUCGAAAUGAUUCUCCAACUUCGAUUAUACGCACUGUACGCCUAUGAUAAGAGGAUUGUCCUCCCUGUGGCGGUAUUGUUCGUCGCGGUCUUAAGCGGCAUGAUGGUGAUGGCAGUGUUCAUACACCAGUAUGAGAACAACUACAAAGCUCAGAUCUCUGGUGCAUGUGCCAUAGUUGGGUCUGUGGAUUGGCUGUAUCUUUUCUGGGUACCAAUGAUGGGCUUAGACCUUGUUCUUGUCCUGUUAGCAGGCUACAAAUCUCUUCAGCAUUAUUUCCAGGUACCGGACAAGACUUGGUCUGGUGCACGUCUUAUGCAUGUCUUCGCGCGAGACUCGAUGCUUUAUUUCCUCUGGUGAGAGCAUAUGCAACGCAGUGGAUCGAUUCUGAUCCAAAUACUGCUUUGCUAUUUCCAGUAACUUUUCGAUAUACCUACUCAGCACCUUGCUGGGAAAAUCUGGCCCUGCUGAGUAUUACCAGCUGAGCAUGAUCAUGGUCACAAUUGUCCCACCUAUAUCAGCGAACCGUCUCCUCAUCAACAUAUAUGACUUGGCACAUACCGAGCAAGAUAGAGAUACGACGAGGUCUGUCCUUCGCAUCCAUCCUU